GCGCUACACUGCGCCGGGCGGGGAGCGCAGCCCCGCGGGCCGCCCGGGGCCCCGAUCCAGCCUGGCCCCGAUCCCCGCGUCGCGGGGCCGCAGGCCGGAGGCCAGGGGGAUGGCCGCAGCGGGCUCUGCUCAGGUGGCGUUCGAGGACGUGGCGGUCUAUUUCUCCCCGGAGGAGUGGGCGGCGUUAGCGGAAUGGCAGCGGGAGCUGUACCGGGCCGUGAUGAGGGAGAACUACGAGCUGGUGACCUCGCUGGGGUGGCCUGCUGUCAAACCAGAGAUCCUAUGUAAAAUUGAGCAAGAAGAAGAGCCGUGUGUUGGAGACCCUCCGCAUCCCAGAGAGUGGGGGACCCCCCAAAGCUUCUGGUCAGUAGAUGAUGGAAUCAGGAUUAAAAAGGAGGAGCAGGAGGAAGACACAGAGACCCCGGAACCGCCCAGUGCGUCCUCGGGAAAGUUGGAGGAAGGGAGCAGCCCGCCACAGUGUGUGAAGAAGAAGAAGAGCGGCCUGGCUCGAAGCAAAUCCCGCCAGAAGCUGCGAAGCCGGGUGGCGAAUGCUCAGGACAAACCCCUGAGGGCUCCUCCCCAAAAAGCCUCGCUAAAGAAGAUUCCCCCGACAUGUCCGGAGUGCGACAAAAGCUUCAAGAGUAACACAGCCCUGACCAUCCACGAAAGGAGUCACACGGGGGAGCGGCCCUUCAAAUGCCCUGAGUGCGGGAAGGGUUUCCCAUCCAAGGGGGACCUGAAGAGACAUCAGAAAACCCACAUGGGAAAGGAGGAUGUUGCCCCCGAGAGAGGGAGGAGCCUUUCUGAGAAGCUGCAGAGAAGCCCUCAGGCACCCAAGCGGCCGUACACGUGCGCUCAGUGCGGGAAGAGCUUCAACAAGAGCAGAGACCUCAAAAAGCACCAGCGCACCCACACGGCGGAGAGGCCAUUCCUGUGCCUGCAGUGCGGGAGCAGCUUCCGGCUCAAGCAGAUCCUCGUGUCCCACCAGAAAGUGCACAGGGGAGUGAAGCCGUUCCAGUGCUCGGACUGCGGGAAGAACUUCAGCCAGAAGCACCAUCUCUUGAGCCACCAGCGCACCCACACCGGGGAGAAGCCCUUCUCCUGCACUCAGUGCGGACACAGGUUCAGCCAGAAGCACCAUCUGAUCAGCCACCAGCGCAUCCACACGGGGGAGCGGCCCUUUGCCUGCCCCGAGUGCGGGAAGAGCUUCAAGGACAAGAAAACCCUCAUCAUCCAUGAGCGGAUCCACACAGGCGAGAGGCCCUACAAGUGCAACGAGUGCGGGAAGACCUGCAGCCAGAAGCAGCACUUGAAAAGCCACCAGAGGGUGCACAGGGGCAAGAGGCCACGUGGCAAAGGGGAGGAAGGCCUGGAGGAUGACGUGGGUUUCUGCCGCCAGAAGGUCCCGGCAGAGGAGAAGCCAUAUCAGUGUGCGGAAUGCGAGAAACGGUUCCGGGACGAGCGGAUAAUGCUGGCGCACCAGAGAACUCACACUGAGCAGGCGCUGCUGAAGAGCACGAGGACAGGUGCCAGUCGGAGCCCACAGCCCGUGGUCCAGCAAACGCCCUGCACCAGCACCCCGCAGUGCAGGGCAAACGUUAGCCAGAAGCCACCUCUGAGAGCCCAACAGGGAACCCUGGCUGGCAAGAGACCUUUGGUGUGCAAUGAGUGUGGGAAGAGGUUCAUGCAGAGCAAACGCCUUGUGCUACAUCAAAGGAGCCACACGUGGGGAUGCCCGGGUGCCCCCGCGCGGCUCCCCGGGAGAGCCGGAGACCUCCGCGCCCGAGCUCCGGGGGCUCCCCGAGCCCAGCUCCGCGCCCCGCGCAGCGCAGCGCAGCGCAUCCCGCCGGCGGCUGCCCGGAGCUCGGCGAGCUUCGUCCCGACGCGCCUGCCCGGCCGAGCCCGGGGGACGAUGCCCGGCGGGGGCCGGGCGCAGGUGCCGGUGUCGUUCGAGGACGUGGCGGUCUAUUUCUCCCCGGAGGAGUGGGCGGCGUUAGCAGAAUGGCAGCGGGAGCUGUACCGGGACGUGAUGAAGGAGAAUUACGAGCUCAUCGCCUCCUUGGGGUGUCCGGGUGCCAAACCAGAGAUCAUCUGUCAGAUGGAGUGUGGGGAAGAGCCGUGUGUGCGGGAGCCCCAGGGCUGGAGAGAGAGGAGAACCCAGAGCCCCUGCUCAGCAGGAGUUGGCAUCACCAUUAAAAAGGAGGAGCAGGAAGAGGGAUGUCGUGGUCAGGAAGAUCCCGAAGCCCUGGCACCGCGGGGGACCGUAUCCGGGAUAGUGGGGGAGAAAGGUCUCCAGCUCUUGGAACUAACGAGCUGCAAGAGCGAAAGCGGGUCCCGCCGGAAGCCGAGAGCCCAGGCCGGAGACCCUCAGGGGAGACGAACCGGGAGGGUGGCAGAGAGGCCUCAUGCGUGCCCGAGCUGUGAGAAGAGCUUCAAGGACAGGACGGCUCUGAUAAUCCACCAGCGGAUCCAUACGGGCGAGAAGCCCUUCGCCUGCGCCGAGUGCGGGAAGCGCUUCACGCAGAAGCAGCACCUCACCACCCACCAGCGCACCCACACCGGGGAGCGCCCCUUCUCCUGCGCCCAGUGCGGCAGCAGCUUCCGGCUGAGGAAGGUCUUCCUGACCCACCAGCGGGUCCACGCCGGGGAGCUGCCCUUCACCUGCGCCGAGUGCGGGAAGAUCUUCAACCACAAGCACCACCUGAUCACCCACCGCCGCACCCACACGGGCGAGCGCCCCUUCCCCUGCGCCCAGUGCGGCAAGCGCUUCACCCAGAAGCACCAUCUGCUGAGCCACCAGCGCAGCCACACGGGCACGCGGCCCUUCUCCUGCGCCCAGUGCGGGAAGAGCUUCAAGGACAAGACGCCUCUGAGCAUCCACCAGCUCGUGCACACCGGGGAGAAGCCGUUCUCCUGCGAGGCUUGCGGGAAGAUCUUCAGCCACAAGCACCACCUGGUGAUCCACCGGAGAACCCACACGGGCGAGAAGCCCUUCACCUGCACCGAGUGCGGCAAGCGCUUCACGCAGAAGCACCAUCUCGUCAGCCACCAGCGCAUCCACACCGGGGAGCGCCCCUUCGCCUGCUCCCACUGCGGGAGGAGCUUCAAGGACAAGAUCACCCUGAAGCUGCACGUCAGGCUGCACACCGGGGAACGGCCCUUCGCCUGCGCCGAGUGCGGGGAGAGCUUCCGCCUGAAGAAGGUGCUGCUCACCCACCAGCGGGUGCACACGGGGCAGGCCCCGCUGAUCUGCACCGACUGCGGGAAGACCUUCAAUCACAUGCAGCGCAUGGCCAUGCACCAGACGAGCCACCACGCCCAGCGGGGGCCGUUCCGGAGAGCCCAGCGCGGGGAGAGCUGCUCGGGGAAACCACAGCUCCGACUGCCCCAGCCGGGCCAGCCCGCCGGCUGCUCAGCGCACGCAGCGACCUUCCAGCCGCCAGCACCCGGGGGCUCCCCCUUGGCAACAGGCGGAGUAAGUCCUGGGCCUCAAUUAUACACGGAGCCGGCCCCGCGGGAUCGCCCCGAAGAAACCAUCUGACUGCGGGGAGCAGGGAAAGCGUCACUCACGAGCGCAGUCCGAACCCCCCCAGUCCCGUGCGAUGGGAGUCAUUAAUCCAGCAGCACGGCGCCGGCGUGAGACAGAAACCGAAGACAGCCCGGCUGUCCCAGCGUAGCCCGGGUCAGUUCCCCUGUAAAACGGUCCGUGCUCAUCAGCGGGAGAGACGCUGCGGACACGGGAAAUAACCCCGCUGUGACAGCCUGACCCUGCGCUGCCCUGUGUGUCUCCUGCUGCCGCAUUGGCCACACCAUUUCAGUGUCCCGACGGGCUGGCCCAGAGCCACCUGUGCCCCACCUCCCCGCCACGCGCUGGGGAUGUCUGUGCCCCGGCUGCUUUACCCGCUGGCUUGUGUCCAGGUCACGCACGUAACAAUAGUAGUGCAGACAGCGCCGCGCAUGCGUCAGAGCAGGCUGAGAACGUCCCCAGGGGCUGGGCUGGGCGUGUCCUGCCCGCACGCAAGCCCCUGCGUCCCUGCGCUCAGCGCUAUUGUUCCCCAGGCUAGCUGGCCAGGCCCAGCUUGUGCUGUGUAGACAGACCCACAGCCUGCUAGCAGGGGGUGCAGGGAAGCAGUGCUGGAGAUCCUCGAGAUCCCUUUGUCUGGGCUGCAGGGCGGGUCCCAGCAGCUGCUCUGUCCCACCCUGUCACGUGCUUAGCGCUGCAUGUACCUGCAUCAGGCAGCCAAGGAGCGUCCACCUGCCCUGCCUGAGCCCCAGAAGAGCGAGAAGGAAAAUAUUUAGCACUUACGCAGCAGAUUCGCAGCCCGCUGCCCACUCAGAGACACACGGAGGGCUGUGGAAAGUGGGAGUCUCUGUUGUAGGACGCGUGCGGACGGAGGAGUCACAGCGUUGCAGAACUAGAGAGGGACAAGCCCAGUUCGGUCAUUCAGUCCCUCUCCCAGGGGCUAGCACUGGAUUGUUUCCCUUCAGCACAUCUCCAGCCCCUUGUCCAGUCCCGUUCCAAGCGGUGGGGCUCCCCCGUCCCUUGGCUGACACCCCCACCCAUGCAUCUCGCUGCCAGGAAGUUACUCCUCAUAUUCAGUCCACGGCUUCCCUUUCUCUGUUACAGCCCGUUCUUCCUAGUCACGUCCAGGUGCCAGUCGUGAAUAUCAUCCCUCUGGUGUGUACGUGCUACGUACCCAUAGACU